AGCGACUCUGGUGUAUCUUUGCUUUCUGUUCAUUUGCCUUCUCAUUGGAACUUUUUCGUAAAUCAUCGUGGUAGUGACAUCACUAUGCCGCCUCCGAAAGGCAAAGACCGCAACCCAAGUGGUCUCGGGCGAGCAAUCAUUAACAGGAAGUUCAAGGAUGCCAGGGUAGCACGAGAAUCCGGCCUAUAUACUACAGAUGUUGAUAAUACAACCCGCCUGCAAUCCAUUACACAAGAACGGGACUUGGAUGAGUUCCUUAACACCGCGACGCUAGCAGGCACACAGUUUACAGCUGAACGUCGCAAUGUCAAAAUUAUUAGUGCGCCCGCCGGAUCCCAGCAAAAUCCCUAUCUUUUGUCUGAGGAGGAAGAACAGAAAGCUCUGAAAAAGCAACAAGAUAAUAAGGGACGUCUCAGGGUACCCAGAAGACCUCCAUGGGAUAAGUCUAUGACUCCGGUGCAACUAGAUAGGCAAGAGAAGGACGCAUUCUUAGAGUGGAGAAGGGGCAUAGCUCAACUACAGGAACAAGAGAACUUCUUGUUAACGCCUUUCGAGCGAAAUAUCGAGGUGUGGAGACAGUUAUGGCGUGUACUGGAACGUUCCCAUCUUGUCGUACAAAUCGUGGAUGCAAGGAACCCGCUGCGUUUUCGCUGUGAGGACUUGGAAAACUAUGUGAAUGACGUUGAAGGUGCAGAAGGAGAACAAGGGACCGGGAAGGGCAAGAGAAAGAAUCUUCUUCUCAUUAACAAAGCCGACCUUCUGACUGCAAAGCAAAGACGAGAGUGGGCCGACUACUUCGAUCAGCAGGGUGUGCAAUACGCAUUUUUCUCCGCAGCAAACGCGGCGGCAUUGCAACAAGCGAGGAAAGAACAGCAACAAGCUCAAGAAGAUACCGCGGAGCAGGAGGACACGCAGGCAACCGGUAGCGAAGACGACGCAUUUGAAGAGAGCACGCGCAAUCCAGCGUUUCUCAAAGAAGAUGAGAGUGGUAGCGAUGAGUCCGGGGAGUCAGAGGAUGAAGGGGAUUGGGAGGAUGCUCCCGAGGAUGGUUCGCAUGAACAAUCGGAUUUGAGUUUGUAUUUCUCGGCCGAAGAAGAUACGUUGGAUGGUCAAGAUCCCAGAGCUCGAGUACUCAGUGUCCUUGAGUUGGAAGACUUGUUCACAAAAGCAGCUCCGGCUCUUUCUGAAUUCACUGAUUCCUCGGGUGACCAUCCAACGAAAUUGGUCGUUGGCUUGGUCGGUUACCCCAACGUUGGUAAAUCAAGUACGAUUAACUCCCUCUUGGGCGAGAAGAAAGUCAGCGUGUCAUCUACUCCAGGAAAGACAAAGCACUUCCAAACGAUUCAGUUGUCACCCACUUUAGUUCUUUGCGAUUGUCCGGGCCUGGUUUUCCCUCAGUUUGCUACCACUCGAGCAGACUUGGUCUGCGAUGCCGUGUUGCCUAUCGAUCAGCUCCGAGAAUAUACGGGACCAACUUCGUUGGUUGUCAAGAGGAUACCUCAGGAAAUCCUGGAGGCUGUUUAUGGCCUUUCAAUCCGAAGCCGGGGCGUCGAGGAGGGUGGGAACGGCAAGAUUACUGGAGAAGAUUUACUAAUUACCUAUGCAAGUAAGUCUCCUUUCCACCCCUUUCUGAUUCAUAUCAGGAUGUUGAUGGCAUGUUCAGUUGGUAGAGGCUUUACUCGAUCUGGUCAAGGCAAUCCUGACGAAGCCCGUGCGGCAAGACACAUCCUGAAGGACUACGUCAAUGCUAAGCUUUUGUACUGUCAUCCGCCGCCAGGCAUCUCGGAAGACGAUUUCAAUGUUCAAACACGAGAGAUUAUUCUUCAUCGUGCCAUUGGCAAGAAACGCGCCCCUACCACUCGUGUUGUUAAGGGCGCAGAUACCUUCGUCCCUGCGAAUCUUUCUCAACCUAAUAUUGCCAACUCCGCUCCGGCUCCCGGACGCAAUUCGAGCAGGGUCGAUCAGGAGUUCUUUGCCAGCAACCAAGGAUUGUCAUCAAGACCGUUCGUGCAGCAGAACGGUCAGGAGUUCACAAGAGCGAGGCUGUAUCCUCAUCAAAAUGCAGUGGCAGACGAUGGCACACUACUAGGCGGAAGGAGGGCACGCAUAGCCGCAGUAUUGGCCAAUGCAGGAGGUGACAUCGGUACCGGAAAGAAGCAUCAUAAGAAAAUGAAGAGAGUCAAGCAACGAAGUGGGAGAGGUUACGAUUAACCCUUUCUCUUCCGUUGAUUUUUAAAUCUGUGCCACUAGAAUACAGUCCUGUAUCCAUAGACGCUCUCAUGUAUCAUGAAACAUCUCAGUCUGAAAGCC